CUAGCAGCAUCACUGACUCACUGACAGAACUAGCAGAAGAGAGCUCUGGGACUAAUACAAAUCCAUUGAGGGACAUUAUGCAGAGUGCAAUGUUUCUUGCCAUUCAGCACAACUGUGGGCAAGUCGAACGCUCGUCUCCUGGAGGCUGUCAGAAAAACGAGGAGAAAAGAGGGAAGAUGAAGAAAACUAUUUUAAAAGAUUGGAAGACACGUCUGAGCUACUUCCUGCAGAAUUCUCAGAACACAUCCAACGGGUCCUUAAAUAUGGGGCAGAACAAAAGAGGCAAAAAGAACGCCUAUUGCAGGCCCACUCCAGAAGAAGCCAAGAGUUGGUCAGAAACCUUUGAUGAUCUUCUUGCCAGCAAAUACGGAGUAGCAGCAUUCAGAGCCUUUUUAAAAUCCGAGUUCAGUGAAGAGAAUAUUGAGUUCUGGCUGGCAUGUGAAGAUUUUAAAAAGACCAAAUCCCCACACAAGCUGACAGCAAAAGCAAAGAAGAUUUAUGAUGAAUUCAUUGAAAAGGAAGCCCCCAAAGAGAUUAACAUUGACUUUCAAACUCGGGAAAACAUUAUGCAAACCAUGCAGGAACCUUCACACUCCUGCUUCAGCGCUGCCCAGAGACGGGUGUACAGCUUGAUGGUGAAUAAUUCAUACCCACGCUUUAUUCAGUCUGAAUUCUACCAGGAAUUGUGCCAGCCAGUGCCACAGAUGCCCAGCGAGCCCCAGGCAACAUGAAAACACAGUUGAAGUUAAGCAACGCAUAUUCUCUGGACUUGCACCAAAGUCCUUCAGAAGAAACCAAUCCAUAGAGGUUUCAUAUCUUUGGCCUUAGAGACUGUGUCGGCAACAUCGAAAAUGAGAUUUGGCUGUUGACUCAAGAAAGGUCAUACAGAAAAUAAGGUGACUGGUGAAUAAGGAGAGGCAGAAGCACUGUUUCAGGCAUGGACAAUGUACGGUGAUAGACAGUGAAAUCCAUCUACUUGUUGGUUGCACUACAGUGGGAGCUCAAGUACUGUCAUUAGCCCAAGGAGAUUUAAGGACUAAAGGUUUUACCAUCCAAGAUAUCUGAGUUGUUUCUGGCCAUUAUUAAAGAAUAAUCAUCUGUUAAAAUGUCAUGAAUCAGACAUGGGCACUACCAAGUGUUCUUGAGAUAUUUCAGAUUUUAAGAAGUGACUCUAAAGCAGUUUAACAUUCACUGUGCAAUUCAUUCUGCUGUACAUUAUGUGAUAUUGGCAGCCCUGGCUACUGUUUAUGAAACCUGCCAUUCACCAGGUGGGAAGUUUAAAAUGGUUAGAGGUGCCAGUGGGCUAGCAAACCUGUGUAUUGAGCAGUACCUAUUAGGUUGCAGGUUUCCAAUACAUUACAGAAAUUCUAUUGUGUGAUUAUGAGAUAAUCCAUAUCUUAUUAAUGUAUCUCAAACAGUUCAUCCACCUGAAAAUAUGUCAUAUGUCAUCAACUGUACAGUGUGUUCACUGUUAAAAACAGCACAUGGUGUGUAUUUAUUGUGUAUAAAAUGCUGUGUAUGUAUUUGUUAAAGCUGUGUAUGAGUAUGUAUGGGAAAUUUGUAUAACAGAGCAGGCGGGCUCUAAAUAAUGUCAUUUUCUGCCUUGAAGGCAGUUAAACUUCAGUGAAGUUGCUGUUAUAUAUUGAUUUAAUUAUGAAUAAAUUAUUUUUCUUAGUA